CAUUAGUGUUCCUCACUCUGCACUGACCAGGACGUCAAGCACACUGAAGGAUAAGCUGGUAUGCACUUCUUGUUAACAUGCAGUAAAAGAUGACAUUAACAGAAUGAAAAAAUACACAGCUCUACAGUGAGACUAACCACCACCGCACUAUCACUAUGAAAGUGACUAUAUUCAAAAUAAUUUCCUGCUCUACCAUAUGGCGUGCACAGUGGCUAAGCCUGGCAUCUUUAAAGUAAUGCUGACUUGUAUCAGCUAACCAGACAAGCACUGGCCCUUCUCUCAAGUGCAGAAGACUGAACAGAAAGGCCUGAAAGGAACAAAACAUUACAUCUAGACAGUUGUGCAGGUCAAGCUACAUGGAAAACUACUCAGAAGGUUACUGCGCUAUAAAUGUUAUGGAUCCACCAUGCCUGCAGCCAUCUGCUGUGACCACUGUGCUCCUGCCUAUUACUUACUUUCUGUUGUUCAUUGUAAGUGUUCUUGGAAACAGCCUGUCUCUGUGGAUAUUUUCUAAAGGAAUACAAUUGAAAACAGCAACACAUGCUUAUCUCAUAAACUUGGUUAUUUCAAAUUUGCUUUUAUGCUCUGCAAUGCCUUUCAUCGGAUUAUAUCACAAAGAGGGAAACCAGUGGAAACAUGAUUCGGCACUAUGCAUUACUGUAGCGUCAAUUGUAACUCCUAUAAUGCACAGCACCAUGAAUGCCAGCAUCAUUAUUUUAUGUUGGCUUGCCAUUAGUAGAUAUGCAAUAUUAAAAAGACAGAAGACAGUCAUGAAGGAUCUGUCAAAUUUUCUGUACGACAAAAUAUUUCUGACUGUAGUAAUAAAGAAGUUCUGCCAAAGGAAGUUUGCAAACUACUUGUGUAUAGGAAUAUGGCUCACUGUUCUUGGCCCCACUAUACCUAUUCUUGUAUACUAUGCUUUUGUGGAGUCCAAGCUUACAUCCAAUAUCACUGAAGUAUGUUACAACAAGAAACUGGAACUGGGAGGACAAACAUCGAGGAUAUCGAGUCUAGUUGUUUCCAUAGUUUUCUUUCUCUGCCUUUUCUUAGUACUGCUAUAUUAUGAGCUAAUAAGAAGACAGGUUUACAAAAGUCAAAAAAAGACAAGCAUUGGGGAAAGGCACUACAUUUAUAAAAAAGUCCAAAGAAACAUUGCUGUCAUUCAGGCUGUUCUGGUCACAUGUUUCUUCCCUUACCACUUGUUUAAGAUGGUUUUCAUUUUGCUAACCAAAGAACAAUUGAACGAUUACCAACUAAACAUUCUUAUAGAAACUAAAAACGUUCUGUUAUGCCUUGCUGCUCUGAGAAGUGGUACUGAUCCUAUUAUCUACAUGACACUUGAUAAAACUUUUCGAAGGCAGGUCUAUAUUUAUUUUAGAAAACAGUCGCCCAGGUCUAACAGUUCUACUAUAAAGAAUACUGCAGAAAUAAACUCAGAUGUUUCACAUCAGCAAAUAAACAAAGCCAUAGCAAUCACAAACUGAUACUGGCAAAUCAUAUGUGGUCUGCCAAUAAACUAGUCAGAUCCACAACUGAGUCAGUCUUUUGUAAUGGGCAAAAAGAGAGUAAAAUCUGUGUGCGACUAUGACUACAUCACAUUACGUGGAACGUAUAUUUAAUUAAUCUAGUUCGGUACCGCUACAUCCAUGGAGCCUUGCUGACAUUUGCAUUUAUUUAUCUAUUUACUAGGGGAUUUCCCAAAUUAACUGGACACAAGGCAAUUUCAGCUUUUGUAAUAGCAAUGUACUAAUAUAUAACCACUGAUAUGAAUCACACAUCUGUAACUCUGAUGAGGUGAUAAAGCAACCAAUGCAUUUGCCUCUAACUAGGCUGUGAAUGAAAACAGCCUGCUAGAUCAAAUUACUAACACAAUUAAACAAAUAAAAACAUAAAUCCUUGUGUAUGAAAGGUUUGCAAUUUUAUUGAGGCAACAAAUGAAAUGUAACUAUGGGGAAAUGGCACAACUGUCAUGGAGUGGUGUUAAGCCUGUUUGGGGAUUUAGGGUGAUGAAGUCCAUGUUCUUCAAGCAAUACAGGUCACACUGAUAUUUAUUUAUUAGGAAGGCUUUCCCCUACUUAAACUGAAUGGCUGCAAAUCUUGUCAUCUUACAACUAUUACCAUGGAAGCACAUUCCUGGAAAAAUGUGACACACAACUUUGUUAGACUCAAUAAACAAAAGUGAAACUGACCACAUAAAAUGUCUAAUUUGUGAUGAUAUACAUACGUGCAUACAUAGAAAUCUUUAGGAAGAAAAAUCACCUACGUAAAUAAUGACAAGAAGAGACCUCUGGGAGGCAAAGUAAAUAAAUCGCUGCAAAUGGGAUAAAAUAUUUAACGAUGAAUAAGUGUAACACAAGCAGAUUAUGUCUCUAUUCUCCACACAUACCCUUUACAUUUAGUCAGUAAUCAAUACUGCAAGUAUUGUAGUAUUGUCCCACAAAUACAGCAGAUACACCACAAGGUGAAGACCAGUUACUGAGAGAAGCUCAAGUACGCAAAUGCUGCAGAAUUACGGUAGAGUUCUAAUUGCACUUUUGGAACAAACACAGACACACGUGAGCUAAUCACAGGUUAUGU